GCCGACACUAAUGCGUUUUCAAUCGCUCUAAUCGUUCAAAACUUAAAAUGCUACUCAGAAAUACGUUAAAUAACUUGCUGUGUUGGAUAGGUAUAGUAAUAUUAAUUGUAGAAUCGUGUUACAGUGAUCAUAAUCCUGAAGUGACUUUGAAACAUGGAGUUUUGUCAGGGAAGUUGGAGAAAACGUUACUGAAGAAACGAGACUAUCAUGCCUUUAGAGGUGUACCUUAUGCUGAACCGCCAAUAGGAACUCUGAGAUUUUUGCCACCAAAACCACAUCAAGGUUGGAAAGGCACUUAUGAAAGUCACACAAUCAAGCCAACAUGCAUGCAGUUCAACUCACGAAGCCGUAACGGCGAACCCAUGGGCCUCUCCGGCUCCGAAGACUGCCUAUACCUCAGCGUCUUCACGCCCUCUCUUCAAGGCCAAAAACCAAUAGUCGUCUUCGAUUACAACGACAACUUUAGAACUGGUUUCAACAGCACGGAUACGUACUCACCAGACUUUUUCUUAGAAGAAGAUGUCAUAGUUGUGACAAUCAAUCAUCGUCUAGAUCUCUUUGGCUACCUCACUACUAGCGACGAGGUUAUCCCUCCUAAUGCUGGCUUGAAAGACUUUAUCUUGGCUUUGCAAUGGAUCAGGGAGAACAUUGAGCAAUUCGGCGGGGAUCCGAACAGAGUCACAUUAAUGGGAAGCAGAGGAGGUGCUGCGUUAAUACACAUCUUGCUAUUUUCUGAAAAAGCUAAAGGCUUGUUUUCAAGUGUAAUCAUGCAAAGCGGUACAGCAUUAGAGCCUAUUUACUUUCCUAGUAACUCCAGACACAAAGCUUUCAUGCUUGGUGAACAAAUCGAUGUCAGCACUGAGGACAGUCAAACUUUGCUGGAGGAACUACAAAAAGCAGAUGCAGAAAAGUUGUUUUAUAAAAUAGUCGACCUUCUUGACGAUAAAGAUAUAAAUGAACUACAGAUGUCUAUUUUUCCAUUUACGCCUGUGGUCGAGAAUGAUAAUUCUGACGCCGUGCUCACGUCUCUCCCAGAUAACUCCAACAUUAUCAAUGACGUGCCAAUCCUGAUUGGUUUUAAUUCUAGAGAAGGCUUAGAUUUAGCGUUCCACUAUAUAUCCUCGCCUCGUCUUGUCGAACUAACCCAUGAGUUUUUCAUUCACUUUCCAAUAAGAUCCGGGUUUAGAUUUGAUCGCAACAGCACCGUAUUUAAAGAAAUGGAACAAGAAAUAAAAGAGUUUUAUUUCCGAGAUGGUUACUUUCACGUUGGAAAUAUUUUAGAAUAUGCCGUUUAUGUUGGAGACGUACUGCACAACUACGCAUUGGAUUAUACUGUAGGGAAACUUGCGAAUCAGCUGUCUUCUCCGUUAUUUUACUACAUGUUCGACUUUAAGGGCGCGUUGAGUGAGAACAGCUUGUACAUAUCGAGAGCAGCCUUGAACUCCGUGAAGAACUGGGGAGCAACUGUGGGGGACGAGCUAUGUUACCUGCACGUGUGUACUCGGAUUAGGAAGAACUACGAAUCACUCACGAAACUUGUCAGCGAGCAAGCUGAGAUAAAGCUCUUGAGGAGAAUGGUGCGAAUGUGGACCAAUUUCAUUAAAACUGGCAACCCUACGCCCGAUGAGAAAGACGACACUUUGAAAAAAAUAACAUGGACUCCAGUCAACAUGGACUCUAAAGAAAAGCAAUACUUGCACAUAACUAAAGCGCCACGGAUGAAGGCGGGUCCUCUUAGCGAGCGGGCUGCCUUCUGGGAGAACCUCCUCAAGAAGUACUCUGCAAUGGUCGUGGACGGCGUUGUUAAAGAUCCUGAACCAAGUCGUGAAGAAUUAUAAUUGAACGAGUGGCAAACUAAACCCGAAAAAAUUGUACAGUUACUGAAAACUAGCCUACCUCAUUUAAACAAGUGAAGUUACUAUUUUUUUUCUUCUAUAAACACAUGCGAGUAUAAAA